AUGGCAACCACUAGAAUUGGAGUCUUCCCCGCCUCCGGCGGGCUUGGCAUGAGCAUUGUGCAUCACCUCACAAAGCUCGUGCCACCAUCUCAACUCAUUCUAAUUGCACGCCAUCCUGAAAAACUUGCAGAAUUGAACCAUUCUGGUGCAACCUUGAGAAGGGCGGACUACGAUGAUAAAUCUACACUGGAAAAUGCUUUUGACGGGGUGGAUACCCUGAUCCUCAUAUCAUAUGCAUCGUUUGAGAUUAAACAUCGCGUGGAGGUUCGUGAAUCAAAAAUGGGAGUUGAAUCAGAAGAGUCAACUAAUACCAUCAACCAGGUCCAUCGUCUUGCCAUUGACCUUGCGAUCAAAAAUGGCGUAAGGCAUAUAUUCUAUUCCUCUCUUGGCUUUGCCGGCGAUUUAGAAGACGACAGUGUUGCCCACGUUAUGGGUGCACAUCUCGAGACAGAAAGGUAUCUCUCUGAAUUGACCGAUAAAAUCACCUACACAUCUGUCCGUGAAGGAUUGUACUCUGAGUCAUUCCCCAUCUACACGGCCUGGUUUGAUCCACAGAACCCGGUAGAUGAGAUCACCAUCCCGCAUUCCGGUUCUGGACCAGGUGUGUCCUGGGUAAAGCGAGAUGAGCUAGGCGAAGCGACUGCCAAGCUGGUUGUAUCUUUCAUCAAAGGUCCGAUGAGCUUCCGCUACUUGAAUAAAAAGGUCUUGCUUUCCGGGCAAAGGGAAAUAUCUCUCUCGGAGACUGUGGAUAUUAUUGGUCGCGCUUUAGGAAUGGGCCUGAAAAUUCGAGAAAUAUCGGUGGAGGAAUAUGUAUCACUUCCACAGAUUGGUGAUAAACAUACAUACCAUGGGGUGGAUCUCUCACGAGAGUGGGCGACCGCCUGGCAGGCUAUAAAGAAUGGUGAAACUGCAGUAGUGUCACCGGCUCUCCGAGACAUUCUUGGAAGAGAGCCAGAGGCUUACGAGACAACGAUCAAAUCUUUGAUUGGAUGA